AUGGCUGUUGUCGGUGCCCUUGCUGGCGUGCUCGGAGGCUACGGGAACCACGGACGCUACGAAGCUACCGAGGAUACCGAGGCUACGGCCGCCAGGGCGGCUAGGGCGGCUAGGGCGGCUAGGGCGGCUACGGCGGCUACGGCGGCUACGGCGGCCACUGCGGCCACGGCGGCCACGGUGGCUACGAAGGCUACGCCGGCUACGAAGGCUACGCCGGCUACGAAGGCUACGGCGGCCACGGCGGCUACGGCGGCCACUGCGGCCACGGCGGCUACGCCGGCUACGAAGGCUACCGGCCACGGCGGCCACGGCGGCUACGAAGGCUACGAAGGCUACGCCUGCUACGAAGGCUACGCCGGCUACGAAGGCUACGGCGGCUACGAAGGCUACGGCGGCUACGGCGGCUAG